CGCGAGGAGCGCUGACCGGAAGCGAGCGAGCGGGGAGUUCGCGGUUGGCCUGGCACGGCUUGCCUCGCCGAAGCAGCCUCGGUGCGUCCGAGCCAAUUGCAUGGGCAGUUUUGGGCCUGUGGUGAUCUCGGAGAAGCUGGCUGCUGCCGCUGAAAUGCCAGCGGACUAGCGCGGCCAGGGGUGAGCGCGGCCCGAAGCAACGGGGUCGCGGUCUCGGCACCGUGCGCGGCGAAGGCCAAACUGCUAUCGACGAAGGAGCUCCGAAAGGGAGGCUGCUAGGAGGAGGGGACGAGGAGCUGAAGAGGAGCCGAAGAGGAGCCGAAGACGACUGGACGAAGUGCCCGGAGCGAUGCGCGGGAAUGGCGCAGGGCUGCCGCCUGGGCUGUCGCCACGGCCGGCAGCCCCCUGGGUCGCCGCCCAAACAACGCCGCCGCUGCUGCCACUGAUAGGUGUGUAUGGCAGCCGGCCUCACGAGCUUGCAGUCGAUGCCAGGGGACUGCUGCUGAGCCACCGUGGCAGCAGCGGCAGCGGCGGCAGCGGCGGCGCGGGGUGCGCGGCUGUUGCCGCGUCCGCCGCUGCUGCCACGAAUGCUACUGCCUUGGCGGCUGCGCUGCCCGGUGGCGGCUGUAGCAGCAACCACAGCAACAGCUACAGCCACAGCUCGGGCCAGGACUCACCCUUCCUGACGCCUGCCGCUGGCGACCCCCUGACCUCGACGCCCCGUGGGUCGGAUGCUGCAGCUACUGCUGCCUCUGCUACUGCCGCUGCAGCGGCCUCUGCUACUGCCGCAGCUACUGCCGUGCGGUCGGCUGCACUGGAGCUGUCGCCGCUGUCGCUAGCGCCGCCGCCGCUGCCGGCGCCACCACGCCUCAGCGCAACUGACGGCGGUUGUGGCGGCGGCGGCGGAAACGGAGGCGGGGCCGCGAAUCAUGGUUCGGCAGGAGGGGGCACAGGCGCGAGCUUGCCCAGCAGCGGCAGUGGAGGCCUGGGCUUGGGGACUCGAGGCCGGUACGGAGCACACGGCUUGGCGGCACGGCGGCAGCAGCAACAGCAGCAGCAGGCUCAGGCGCUCAUGCCGCCGCCAGCGGCGCGGCUGCCGCUGCACUCAGGCGGCGGCGGUGCAUCCCCCGCCUCAGCCCCACCCUCAGCCGCCGCCUCAGCCCCCGGCGGCGCAGCAGGUGGCGGCAGUGGUGCUGGAGCCGCAGGCGGCGCCGCAGGGGGAGGUGGUGGCGAGCUGCGGCGCAGCAGCGGCAGCGGCGGUCUCACGGGGGCCCUGGUCGCGGCCGCGGCCGCCGCGGCGGAGGAGGAGGGACUGCCCAAUGACCCGCGCCUGCGCUGGAAGAGGGCCUGCAGGGCACAGCAGGAGCAGCAGCGACAACAGCAGGGGCAGCAGCAGCGGCAGGGGCAGCAACAACAACAGCAACAGCAGCGACAGGGGCAGGAGCAACAGCAGGAGGAGCGGCGGAAGGAAGUGCUGAGUGUGACCGUGCCGCUGCCGCCGCCGCCGCCACAGCCACAGCCUCGAGUGCAUUCCCCUGCUGGGGCCGGUGUGCCGGCGGCGCCCUCCACCGGUGCCGCUUUUGCUACUGCCACCGCCAGGGCCGCCACUGCUGCCGCCACCGCAGCUACUGCCGCAGGCGCGGAUGCCGCUCACGCGGAAGGCGGCGUGUCCCCUUCCGGGGCCGCAGGGGUGGUGGCGGCAGUAGUGCAGCCGCCGCACCCCCAGUUGCUACUGCCGCAACAGCAGCAACAGCAUGAAGAGCAGGUGCUGCUACAGCCACCGCCGGGCCCAGGCGCACAGACGCCGGAGCAGGCCGCCGGAAACUUGCUGACGGGGCCGCCGCCGCUGUGGCCGCCAGAUCCAGUGCCUACCGACCCCCGGCCUCAGCCACCGCCGCCGCCACCCAUGCAGCCGCCGCCGCCACCGUCGCAGCCGCCGCAGCCGCAGCAGCCACAGCAACCGCAGGCGCAACCCUGCCUGGCGGCACUCGUGGCGCGGUCCCCUCCAUCACAACCGCUGCGUGCACCGCCGCCGCCGCCGCCGUCACCGCAACAGUCGCCGGUCUCCGCCGCCGAAAUGGAGGACGGGUUAGAUGCAGCGGUGGCGGCGGUGGCGGCGGCGGCGGUAGCUGCUGCCGCGCCGCCCGCCACAGGCGCACCAGCGGCCUCACACUUGCAUCACAGCAACGCCGCCGGCGGCCAGACCAGACCCGCUGCCGGCCGCGGCCUGCCGCCGCACCUGCUGCCACUGCCGCCGCCGCCGCCCCAGCCAGCCCCCAUGGCAGCCACCAUGGCGGUGCCUGCAGCGGCGCCGCUGUCCGUACCGGCGCCGCACACCAAACCGUCAGCCGCGACCGCAUCCUCCACCGGCACCGCCGCCGCCGCCGCCGCUUCUUCUUCUUCCGGCAGUGUCGGCGCAAUUGCACCAGGAACCGGCCAGCGGCGCCGCGGGAUGCUGCCGCCGCCGCUGCCGCCGCACCUGCUUGCUGUGGUGCAGUCCGGGUCGCCGCCGCCGCCGCCGCCGCCGCGGCCUCAGCCGCUGCACCGCGUCUCGCUGGCGCCGCGCCCGGCCCGCGGAGGAGCACACACGACACACCAGCAGCAGCAGGCCCCAGCAGGCGACGGCAGCACCAACCACCACUGCCACCCGCAACAGCAACAGCAACAGCAACAGCCGCAGCACCAGCCGCACCAGCACCCGCACCAGCACCCGCACCCGCACCAACAGCACGAGGGCCACAGCAGUACGCAGAAGCACAGCAGCAGCACUCCCCGCCUCCAUCACGCGCAGGCGAACAACCACCAGCAGGCGCAGCCGCACCAGCAGCCGCACCAGCUCCCCCACCGCCUGGGCUCGGAAGCAGCAGCAACCAGCGCGGGAGCCGGCGGCAGCGGGGAUGGCAGCAUUGGCGGCGGCGGUGGCGCUGGUGGCAGCGCUGACGUGGAGGCGGAGGUGGAGGUGUGGGCGCUGCGGCAUGCGCCCCCGCAGUGCUGGGCAGACGGCAAUGCGGGUCCCGGCGCGGGUGCGGCUGCGGCUGCGGGUGUGGGUGCGGACGCGGGUGCGGGCUCGUGUCUAGCCGCUCCCGCCACUGCAGAUGGCGCGGCUGCAGCUGCUGCGGCUGCAAACGGGCACGCGCCGCCGCCGCCGCCGCCACUGCCGCCGCCGCCGCCACCACUACUGCGGGAUCUGGUGCGGGCCGGACAUCGGCUGCAGCAGCUGCUGUCAGAUCUGUACGAUGCCGAAGCAGUGGCGGCGGCGGCGGCGGCGGCGCACGUGCGUGUCGGGGCAGAGGAGGACACGGAGGCGGAGGUGGCGGAGGAGGCGGAGGAGCAACCAGCGGUGGAAGCACUCGACGCGUAUGGCAGCCAAAGCCGCCGCCGCCGCCGGCCGCCGCAACUCCCUUGGCCACCGGCUGGGCUGUGGGACACCGGUGCAGACCGAGCCAUGUGUGGCAGUAGCAGCGGCAGUAGCGGCAAUGGGCUCGUUGACGGCGGCGGCGGCAGUAGCAGCGGUGGCCGGGGCGACGCACCCAUUGGCAGUAGCACCGGCGCUCGUGUGCCGUCCGGCGGCUGUAGCAGCACCACGUGGCGGCGGCGGCGUGUGCCGCUGACGCCGGCCCUGGCGGCGACGUGGCUGUACGUGCCCGCGCCGCGCCUGGCAGAGCUGAUGGAGGUGGCGGGCUGGUGGGCGGCCCACCACUGCCUGCCGCCCGACCUCCUGUCCGGACUGGUGCUGCUACUGCUGCUGCGGCUACAGCCGCCAGCAACAGCGGCAAAAGCAGAAGCAGGAGCAGAAGCGGGGGUGCAGCAGCGGGCAGGGAUGCUACAGCCGUCCAGAGGGCAGGCAGGCGGGCUUCGGCUGGAGCCUUCGGCUUUGCCGCUGACGCGUGGGUUGCUGCAGUCUAACGGUGGUGGCGUCGGCGGCGGCGGCGGCGGUGGCAGUGGUGGUGAUGGUGACAGCGGCGGGCGUGGGGGCUUGGGGGCCGCGCCGGAGGGGGACGGAGGAGGGUUCGGGGACGCGGUCGCGACGGCGGUGGCGGCGGCGGCACAGCCCGUGUUGGACGCUCGCCGCAUCGCAAUGCUGCAGCUUACGGAGGUUGCGGUGCCGGCAACAUCUAUGGCGGCGGCGGUGGCGGCAGCGAUGGCGGCAGGUGCUGGGAAUGGCGCCACCAUGCUUGAGACGCGGCUGGUUCUGGAGCCGGCAGCGCCCCUGCUGAGCGCGGCUUUGAACCCAGCAGCCACCACCGUCGGCACCGCCGCGGGCGCGGGCUGUGCACGUGUGGUGUGCUGCGACCUGCCGCCUGAGGCGCUGCUGCAGCUGCUGCUGGGCGGCAGUAGCAGCAGUCGCGGCGCCGGCAGUAGCACUGGUGGGCAGCCGACGCAUGCGCAGCAAGAGCAGGAGCAGAAGCAGGAGCAGAUGGCGCCGCCAGGCGGUACCGGCGGCAGUGUGUGUGCUGGUCCUGGUGGUGGCGGUGGAAAUGAGGCCUGGCGUGCAGUGGUGGAGCAUCUGGGCGCCGACAUCAGCGCCGGCGAGCUCCUGGACGCUGCCAGCCGCCUGGUCCGCCACACCGCCUGCCUGCCCCACAUACGUGCUGCACUGAGACAGCGGCGGCGGGCACAAGAGCGGCUGCUGCAGCGGCUGCCGCGCUCGCGACAGCGGCCGCAGCCGCAGCUGCCGCCGGCUGCACCUGCAUCCACACAACCGCCAUCACCGCCGGGGAAGGACAAGGAGCAUGAGGAAGAGGCUUCCGCACACGAGGCGGAGCCAACACACCUGCAGUCGCAGCAACACCUGCCGCGGCAGCUGGGGCGGCUACAGCAGGAGGCAACUGCGGCGGCGGCCGCAGUCACCGCCGCCGCCAAGCUAAACCCAAAUCCAGAUUCAGGUAUAGAUCUGGAUUCAGAUCCAGUAAACGCCGCGGCAACGGCGGUAUCAGAGGGCAGUAGCAGCAGUAGCGGCGACGAGGAGCAGGAAGACAAACGCGACAGUGAACAUGGCGGCGGCGGCGACGACGGAGGCGACGGUGACGCCAUCCCCGCCGCCGCGCGCCGCCACUACCACGCCAUCGCCUGCGCCCUCAACGCACCACUGGACUCCUGGCCCGAGCUGGCGCCACUGCUGGCGCACCUGCGUGCAGCUACGGCCCCGACGGCGCUGCUGCCGCCCGUGACGGACCCGGCGGAGGCGGCGGCAGCGGGCUCUUGGGCUGAUGUAGCGGGGCGGCCGCAGCAGCCGCAUUGGGAGUCGCCGGAGCCGAGCAUGGAGGAGGUGGAGGAGGCUGGGGAGGCCAAUGCUGCCGCCGCCGCGAGCCGUCACGGCGCCCCCGAUCCCGCUGCUGCAGCUGCUGCCACUGCUGCUACUGACACCGCAUUCACCCCGGCGGCGGCAGCUGCCGCUACUGCCACGGCGGAUGCGGUGGAACAGGUGGCUGAGAGGCGGCGGCGGGCGCCCUCCGCCGCCGCCGCCACUGCCGGUGAACCUCGGCCCCGAUGUCACAGCGACGCCACCCUCCGCGGUGACAGCGGGACUCGAGAUCUUGAUAGCCGCCGCCGCUUGGAACCCGGUGGUGGUGGUGAUGAUGCUAACGGCAACGACAGCGGCGGUGAGCCGCCGCCGCUGCCGCCACCGCCGCUUCCAGGACGGCCGUACGACCAACUGCCGUACGACGAGCUGUUGGAGCGGUACGAGCGGGACCUGUACCGCCUGCUGGCGGCGCGGCCGCUGACGCUGUUCCAGAUCCGGGACCGGCUGCCCAUCCCGCCGCUGCUCCUGGGCCGGGCGCGGCCCUCCACCUUCCUGCUGCGGCGGCCGCACCUGUACUGCCAGGAUAUGAAGCCGGGGGAGCGGAUCAACUCGCGGUUCAAGGCCAACCCGGCGGCAUGGGAGCACAUGAUGGCGGAUACGGAAAUGGCGACAAAGGACUCGGCACCGGUGGCGGCGGCGGCGGAGGGCGCAGGCGGCUCGGGGACGGGCGCAGCGGGCACACGCAGGGGCGCAGAGGGCUCUAGGGAGUCUAGGGACGAGGGCCGCACUCGUGAUGACAGCCCGCCGCCGCCGCCGCCCUGGAACUCCGGGAGAGGCGCAAGGCAGACCACCGGCGCAGAUCGUGGCGGCGGCGGUGGCGGCGGCGGCGGCGGCCGCGGCGAGCAGGCGAGCCGCAGGAUGGCGGCGGCGGCGGCGGAGGAGGAGGAGGAGGAGGAGGCGCGGCGGCCGAGUAGUUCCCCAAGUGCUUCCCCGCCCCUGCCUCGAAACCGAAUGCCGCCGCCGCCGCCGCCACCGCUGCCGCUGAGUGAGCGACGUGACUUGCUAACAGCAGUGGAGGCGACGGGGGCAGUGGACGCCACGGGCGGCCUGAACGCAGCUCACGCGGUCAUGGGCGAACUCGCAGCCUCGCACCAGCAAUCGCAACAGCAACACCCGCUACAUCCACCGCACAAGGCAGCAGCAGCGGCCGCCGCCGCCCCCCCGCUGCCACCGCACCUGGCACCGCGCCCGCUGCCACCGCCGCCUGCGGCCGCUGCCUCUGCCACUGCCGCGGCACCACCACCGCCGCCGCCGCCACCGCCACACCAGUGGCAAGAGCCACAACCGCUCCAGGCAACAGGCCCGGAGCAGCCCUGGCAGCGGCAUGCAACUGACGGGCUGCCACCGCCGCCGCCGCUACCGCCGGGUCUGGGACGGCACGUUUCCGGCCUGCCCGCGCGCGGCCGCUCUCCCGCCGCCCGCCGCCAGAGCAGUGGGGGCGCAGCCCCACCCGCCGCCGCCACCGCCGCCGCCGCCACCGCCGCCAGGACCCGGGGCGUUGGUGACGACGGAGGUAGCGGUGGUGGCGGUUAUGGUGGGGCAGCAGCACCGCACCCGCAGCCGCAGCUGCGGCGGCGGCGGCGGCGGCGCUGGUCGACGGGACGCGGCCGCAGCGUCAGUGUCAGCACGAGCCCAUCGCCGCCACGGCUACGGCUGCAGCCGCAUCAACACCAGCACCAAGACCAGCACCAUCGACAGCAGCACCAGCACUACUACAACAAGGAUGAAGAGGAGGGGUUGCCGCCACCACCCCGGCAUCGCCACUCGCCACCCAGACCGUUGGACCUGCACGCGAUAGGCCGGCGCGUGUUCGCCGCCGCCGCCGCCGCCGCGGCCGGCUGUGAUGGUGAUGGUGAUGGUGGCAACGAGCAGCGCUCGCCCGGCAGCGGCAGUAGCGGCACCGGUGCCAGCAGUAGCAGCGGCGGCGCCAGCAGCAGUAGCAGCAGUAGCAGUAGCAGCAGUAGCAGCUCUGGCGAUGACGACGCAGACAGCACGGAAUGUGCAGCUGGCUCGGCGCAGCUGCACGACGGGCGGCGGCUGAUGAGGGCGCCGCCUACUGCUGACGAUAUUGGCGGCGGCGGCGGCAGCGGCGGUGACAAUGGUGGUGGCAUUGGAGCAGCUUAUGAAUGCCCGCGCGGCGGGUCAGUGCAUGGGGUUGGGGGUGGCGGCGGCCACGAGGGACGGCAGGGCGGGGGUGACGGCGGCGGUCCAGGGAAUUUGGAGCCGUGGGCAGUGGAGGGCAUUCGCGCGGCAGUGCUCAAGCAGCUGCGGGGCUUCUACGCGCGGAUCGAGGGUGUGGGAGGAGGCGGAGGCGAUGGCGGGGGGAAUGCAGGAGGAGGCGGAGGCGGCGGGGGAAGUGCAGGAGGCGGAGAAGGAGGCGGAGGCAGCGGAGGAGGACGCCAUCCGCCGGGCAUGGCACUGGCAGGCCUGGCGCUGCCCCACCACCUGCGGCACGCACUCAAGGCCUCCCGACUGAAGCUGUCGGAGUUCGUGCGGCGGCACCUGGCGGCCGCGGGCGUGGCGGUGGUGACGGCGCCCAACUCACACGCCAGCCUGGUGCUGCUGGGCGGCGGCGGCGGCGGCGGCGGCGGCGGUGGCGGUGGCGGUGGCGGUGGCGGCGGUGGCGGCGGUGGCGGCGGGAGAUGGCGGCAGUCGGGCGAGCAGCAGCCGGCGGGCGGCAGCAGGCAGACGAGGUAGAUUGGUGUGUCAUGAGAUAUCGAUUGCGUUCUCUGCGUUCCUCAGCACUCCGAGCGGAUGCUCUGUUCACGGUAGUGUGUGCUGCUUUGUGUGUGUGUGGGGGGGGGAGCCGGGAAGGUAACGGCUGAGAGCGCUCAACCGAAUCACGUCUGGCCCCGCUGCUGCUGGCGAGGCGGGUCGCCCACUGGGUCGGGAGCUUGGUUGGUUUUGGGCCCGUUUGGGGAGGUUGAGAUGCCAGGCCGAACCAAAGGUGGGGUGGGGGCGGCUGGGGCGAAUCGGCGCGCCGGCGUGCACUGCAUGAGUACCGUACAGUAGCAAACACGAUGGGGUGGACCCAAAUGCGGGCGCGGCAGGUGUGGACCUGAAUGUGCGUGUGCGGCUCAGUCCGGACGGGUUCUUAGGAUCGCACGGUUGCGUUAUGCACGGUGUGUGUCGGGUGUGUGGGAGGAGGAUUAUUGUUGCCAUUCUCAGCGAUGCAACUCGUGCAAUGCGGGGCAGCCAGGCGUUGUGUGUGGUGAUGGCGGAUGGGGGGGGAGGGGGCAAGGUUUCAAUCUUCAACGGUGCAUGUGAAGGUACAUGGCUGAGUCCAAAGGAUUGGCAGGAUGCGGCUGUAUAACUGUUGCAGCUUCACAGGUUGCGAAGGCUUGCUGCUGAUCCUGGGGUCAACCC